GCCGAACUGGGGGUCGGAGCUGGAACGAUUGAGAACUGGGCCAGGCUGAGGAACUACUGAAUGGAACUUCGCCCAACUGGGCUCGAGCAAGAGGCUGAUGCGGUGUGCUCGUUCGGUGAAUUGCAAGGCCACCGUCAGAAAGAUCCAACGGAUGUCCUCGCGGCCCCUUUGCGAAGCGCAAACGAAAGGAAAGGAGAGCGAGGCGCAGAAUGUGUCCGUGUCGCCCUUGCCGCCUUCGAGAGGGGAUGAGCGCAACAUUUCGCGCCUCGUGACUGCGAUUGAGAACUGGCGAGAGCACCGAGCAAGGAGUACUGAGGCCUGCACAACGGGAAAGUAUGUACACGGGAGCGCAAAGGCAGCGUGACAUAGCACCACAAACUUUUGCCAACGCAAUCCUGAUGGACUCCACAUCUACAACUCGCUGGCAUGCAGACCAUGAUGCGACCUGCGUGGUAAUACAAGCCGGCUUUGCAUUCGAACUUUGAACAACAAACCUGAUCAACCUUCGAAACAAAAAUCACUGUGCACUGUUCGCGGCGCAGGGUCGCUGAGCCCGCGGACCGAAGCGAGGCAAGCGGGAGCGAACGGGGGAACGAAGACGAAGGGGGAUGGGAGGAGGAAUGUGAAGAGAACGCACGGGGCUACCAGCGGGCCGGCAGGCGUGCAGACAGCGAUGCAGACGCCCCUGGCGCUGCCCCUCGCGGCGCGCAGGGGCGAAGCAGCCGCUGAAAAGCACGAAAAUGCUCGGCCGCUGACCGAGAACUCCCAAAACUGCAGAGAGCAUGGCCUUUCGCAGGCCGACAUGCGGAGCGCGCGCGGAGCGUGCUUGGGGUGCAGGGAUCGGGCCCCGCGCCGACUGGCGAAGUCCGCGCCGUGGCCAAAAAAAUGGCCGUCCUCUGGCCGUCCUCGGGUGCUCUUUGAACUCACGGAUUUGUGGCGCGGCAGUGGUGGUGCGGGGCGCCGCUCCUCUGCCGCGGAAGAGAAAGAAAGAGAACAACCAGGCUGAGCGAGCGCCCGCUGCAGCGAGGCGCCCGGGCCGCAGCGAUCCUCCCACCCCCC